AAUUGCUUUCUCUAGCCACAUAAGUUCGUCAUGGAAUCUGCUGUAUUUCGAAAUAAUUCGUGAAAUUUGAUUACAACCCAGGAUAUUAUUUCACAGAUAACUUCUUACAUUGUUCCGACAGAAAUCACAAUCACAUAUGGCUCGUCAAUUAAAUCCAAAUCAGCAGAAAAUUGCUGAAAAACUCAUCAUUCUUAAUGACCGAGGAGUUGGUAUUCUAACACGGAUUUACAACAUCAAAAAAGCAUGUGGAGACACCAAAUCAAAACCUGGUUUUCUUUCGGAAAAAUCCUUGGAAUCUUCUAUAAAAUUUAUCGUCAAGCGGUUUCCUAACAUCGACGUUAAAGGCCUAGCCGCAAUCACCAACAUCAAAACGGAAAUUAUUAAAUCACUUUCCUUGUACUACUAUACUUUCGUGGAUUUGCUGGACUUCAAGGACAAUGUCUGUGAAAUUCUAACGACUAUGGAUGCUCUCCAAAUUCAUUUGGACAUAACUCUCAAUUUCGAGCUCUCCAAAAAUUAUCUGGACCUGGUAACGACCUACGUUUCGCUAAUGAUUCUACUUUCCAGAGUCGAAGAUCGCAAGGCUGUCCUCGGGCUUUUCAAUGCCGCUUAUGAAAUGCAACAUCAGCAAAGUGAUCAGAGCUUUCCUCGCUUGGGACAAAUGAUUAUCGAUUACGAUGUUCCGGUGAAAAAAUUGGCAGAUGAGUUUAUCCCUCAUCAGAGACUGCUAUCCAGCGCAAUUACGUCGCUGACAAAAGUGUAUCCUAUGCGAAAUUUAAGCGCAGAGAAAUGGAGAGAACUGCAACUACUUAGUCUUGUUGGAACACCAGCAACGUUGCUUAAAGCGGCCAAAACAGAUACUAUGUCUUGCGAAUAUAUUUCUCUGGAAACGCUCGAUCGCUGGGUCAUUUUUGGAUUAAUGUUAAAUCAUCAACUCUUGGGACAUCAAGAUUUAAUCACUUCCAUGUGGAUAUCAGCACUAGAUUCUAGCUGGGUUGUUGCGCUGUUUCGCGAUGAAGUCAUCUAUAUUCACAUGUACAUCCAGAAUACAUUUGAAGGGAUGAAAGGGUACGGCAAGCGAAUCUCCGAAGUCAAAGAAUGUUACAAUCAGGCAGUUCAGAAAGCCGGAUUGCUACAUCGUGAGAGACGUAAAUUUUUAAGAACGGCUCUUAAAGAGUUAGCUCUAAUUAUGACCGACCAGCCGGGAUUGUUAGGACCCAAAGCACUACUGAUAUUCAUUGGUUUAUGUUAUGCUAGAGACGAAAUAUUGUGGUUGCUUCGCCAUAACGACAAUCCACCUGUGGUGAAAAGUAAGGGAAAAUCAACUGAAGACCUAGUUGAUAGGCAGCUUCCUGAAUUGCUUUUUCACAUGGAAGAACUACGAGCACUGGUGCGUAAAUACAGCCAGGUUAUGCAACGCUAUUAUGUGCAGUAUUUAUCCGGUUAUGACGCUAUCGAUUUGAACCUUAAAAUGCAGCAACUGCAGGUAUGUCCGGAAGAUGAAAGUAUCAUCCUAUCCGCACUGUACAACACAGCUGCUUCGCUUACAGUGAAACAAGUAGAAGAUAAUGAAACGUUCGAUUUUCGUGCAUUCCGGCUUGACUGGUUUCGUCUGCAAACAUUCAUGAGCGCCAAAUCCGCUAUUCGUAUCGUAGAUUAUCCAGAUCUAGCCAGGUUGCUUGAUUCAAUGAUAUUCCACACCAAGAUGGUAGAUAAUUUGGAUGAAAUACUGGUCGAGACAUCGGAUUUAUCUAUCUUCUGCUUCUACAAUAAAAUGUUUGAGGACCAGUUUCACAUGUGUUUAGAGUUUCCAGCACAAAACCGAUACAUCAUAGCAUUCCCGUUGAUUUGCAGUCACUUCCAGAAUUGUACUCACGAGAUGUGCCCAGAAGAGCGACAUCACAUAAGAGAACGAUCUCUUUCGGUGGUCAACAUGUUUUUGGAUGAAAUGGCCAAAGAGGCUAAGAAUAUUAUUACCACCAUUUGCGACGAACAGUGUAUGAUGGCGGAUGCAUUACUGCCUAAACAUUGUGCCAAAAUUCUAUCAGCUGCCGCCAGUCGGAAAAAGAAGGAUAAAAAUAAAAAGCAUAUGGAUGAUAUUAGAAGGCCAGGCGAUGAAAGCUAUCGAAAGACGCGAGAAGAAUUGACCACUAUGGACAAACUGCAUAUGGCACUUACAGAACUUUGCUACGCAAUCAACUACUGUCCAACUGUUAACGUUUGGGAGUACGCAUUCGCUCCCAGGGAAUAUUUAUGUCAACAUCUGGAAACAAGAUUCUCUCGUGCUCUCGUAGGAAUGGUCAUGUACAAUCCGGACACUAUGGAAAUUGCCAAGCCAUCGGAAUUACUGGCUUCAGUUAGGGCGUACAUGAACGUUUUGCAAACUGUUGAAAACUAUGUUCACAUCGACAUCACUAGAGUUUUUAACAAUUGCUUAUUGCAACAAACCCAGGCGCAGGAUAGUCAUGGAGAGAAGACUAUUGCUGCGCACUAUAACACCUGGUAUUCGGACGUUCUGUUGCGUAAAGUAAGCGGUGGCAAUAUAGUGUUUUCCUUGAAUCAGAAAGCCUUUGUUAGUAUUACACCCGAAGGGUGCAUUCCAUUCAACCCAGAGGAAUUUUCGGACUUCAACGAGUUACGUGCAUUGGCGGAGCUUAUUGGCCCAUACGGCAUCAAGUUGCUGAACGAGUCUCUGAUGUGGCACAUCGCUAACCAAGUACAAGAGCUAAAACGUAUGGUUGCCUUGAACAAAGAAGUACUCAUCAUUUUGCGAAGCAAUUUUGACAAGCCAGAAAUAAUGAAAGAACAGUUUAAGCGACUACAACAAGUAGACAAUGUUUUGCAGAGAAUGACCAUCAUUGGCGUUAUAUUAAGCUUCCGCCAGCUAGCCCAAGAGGCAUUAGUUGACGUUCUUGAUCAACGUAUUCCAUUCCUGCUUUCAUCGGUAAAAGAUUUUCAGGAGCACGUUCCCGGCGGUGAUCCACUGAAAACCGUAUCAGAAAUGGCAUCUGCCUCUGGUCUAAAAUGUAAAGUAGACCCUGCGUUGUCCAAUGCUUUAAAAGCUCAAAAACCAGAAUUAGACGAAGGAGAACAUUUAAUAGUUUGUCUACUAAUGGUGUUUGUUGCAGUUUCAAUUCCGAAGCUAGCAAAAAAUGAGCAUUCGUUCUACCGGGCAUCUCUCGAAGCACAUACUAACAAUACGCACUGUAUGGCAGUCGCGAUAAACAAUAUCUUUGGUGCAAUGUUUACGAUCUGCGGGCAAAACGAUAUAGAAGACCGAAUGAAAGAAUUUCUGGCAUUGGCUAGCUCUUCGCUUCUGCGUCUCGGACAAGAAUCCGACAAGGAAGCCAUAAAAAAUCGUGAAUCUAUUUAUCUCCUUUUGGAUCAAAUCGUUCAGGAAUCACCAUUCCUAACGAUGGACCUUCUCGAAUCAUGUUUUCCGUAUGCCCUUAUUCGAAAUGCGUACCAUGCAGUGUACAAGCAAGAACAAAUGUUGAUUCAUUAAAACGUGGAUGAACCGUUUCCGAUAAAUUCUUGGGAUAAACAGUAGUUGUAUCAACAUAAAAUUAUUUGAUUCGCAUUUUGCACUAUCGAUAAUAACUACCUACGAUCGCUUUAAAAAUUGUAAUAUACCUAAAUGUUAGUGUUUAUACAAAGCAUUUCCAGGUGUGGCAACCUGUUCAUGUCAUUAGUGUUUUUAUAGAAUGGCUUUUAAAUUACUACUCCUGUACACAAUUAUUUCUUACCAAAUAUCUAAACUGUAUCAUUUUAAAAGAGACAUCCCAAGGGCUCUCAUUAUCGAAGCGAAAAAAAGUUAUGUGCAAAGGAUUUCAUCUUUUCCAUACAUGUACUAAGCUAAUAUUAUCCUAGAAGAACAUACCUAUUAAGAGAAAAGUAUAUUGGUACUCUGUAAGACCAUGCCACAUUAAGCAUAUACUUAUAUUAAGUCAAACAUUAUAAUCAUUGUAAUACAAAAUCUUUGCAAUAGGUUACUUGUAAACGGCAAUAUUUCGUAUAAACAAAAAUAUUACACCA